CCUAAUCCAUGGUCUUAUCCCGACUAGAACGGCCGCUUCUUCACUUUGCUCUCGCAGGUAAUUAGUUGUAGGGGUGCAGUCGUUGGCUUAUUCUUGAAUAUCCAAGAUGCCGUCUCACAAGACCUUUAGAAUCAAGAAGAAGUUGGCCAAGAAGAUGAGACAGAACAGGCCCAUUCCUCACUGGAUCCGCUUGAGGACCGACAAUACCAUCAGGUAUAAUGCGAAACGAAGGCACUGGCGCCGCACCAAGCUUGGAUUUUGAGUUCAUCUCUGGUACCCCAGUGUGGAAUUUUAUUCUGAUCUUAAUUGCUCAAAUACUCAUGUGGAUGAGCUGAGCUGAGCUGAGCUGGGUGUCUACAUUUCUGUUGCUUUACAAGUUGUUCUUCGGAUUCAUGUAUUUCUUAGUAAACUUUGUUACACUAAAGCUAUUUGUAAGUGUUUUCUAAAACUAUGUAAUUGGUGUUAAUUUUUGUAACUGUAGCAAAUUUUGUUUUAAA